GCCCUGGUGGUGGGACGCCCUGCUUUGGCCCCGCGAGGCUCUGGCCACGUGUUCGGAGGGGCGUUGUGUCCAGUGGGACCCUCCAAAGGGUGGUACUUCAAGGCCGGUUACCUCUAAGUGUUUUUGAGGUCUUCCUGAGGCAUCAAGCUUGACCCCUAAAUCAUCAUGGUCCUGUUUAGGAUGAAUAUGAUUUGGAGAAAUUGUGUUUGUCAUCUGAAGCAAGGGAAGGUGCCACACAGAUGCCAGAGUGGGGCCCACCCAGUGGCCCCCCUGGGGUCAAGGAUUUUAACUGAUCCAGCCAAAGUUUUUGAGCACAACAUGUGGGAUCACAUGCAGUGGUCUGAAGAAGAAGAAGCAGCAGCCAGAAAAAAAGUAGAGGAAAACUCAGCCACACGAGUUGCUCCGGAAGAACAAGUUAAGUUUGAAAGUGAUGCUAACAAAUACUGGGACACAUUUUACCAGACUCAUAAGAAUAAGUUUUUCAAGAAUCGUAACUGGCUGUUGAGGGAAUUUCCUGAAAUUCUUCCAGUUGAUCAAAACGCUAAAGAGAAAGUGGAAGAAUCAUCCUGGGAUCAAAUCAGAAGCAACUUCUCAAGAAUGCAGGGAACAGAAACCCAUUGUGGAGAGAGCUGUGUCUCCUCAGCCCCUGGGAACAAAGGAAGACCUAACUUUCCCAACCCAGACUUGGAAGAACACAGUGACGGGCCCGGGAAGACGGGGCGCUUCCCUGGUAGCAAUGCCACUUUCCGAAUCCUGGAGGUUGGCUGUGGUGCUGGAAAUAGUGUCUUUCCAAUCCUGAACACCUUGCAGAACUUUCCAGGAGCCUUUCUUUAUUGCUGUGAUUUCGCCCCUGAAGCCGUGCAGCUUGUAAAGUCACAUGCGUCCUACACCGAGGCCCUCUGCUCUGCCUUUGUUCAUGAUGUGUGCGAUGACGGCCUGGCCUACCCCUUUCCGGACGGGGUCCUGGACGCUAUUCUCCUCGUCUUUGUGCUCUCCUCCAUUCACCCUGGCAGGAUGCAAGCUGUUGUCCACCGACUCUCCAGGUUGCUGAAGCCUGGGGGAAUGCUGUUAUUUCGGGAUCAUGGACGAUACGAUAAUGCUCAGCUUCGUUUUAAAAAAGGGCGUUGUUUAUCUGAAAAUUUUUAUGUCCGAGGAGAUGGUACCAGAGCCUAUUUCUUUACAAAAGGGGAAGUCCACCGUAUGUUCUGCGAGGCUGGAUUACAUGAGAAGCAAAAUCUGGUUGAUCAUCGCUUGCAAGUGAACAGGAAAAAACAGGUGGUGAUGCACCGAGUGUGGGUUCAAGGAAAAUUCCAGAAACCACUGCACUGGACUCAAAGGGGCUGAAAUGAGCAUUUCCACUCCUUUCUGUGACUGAGCUACGUGUCACGGUAAGGUAUGAAACCAGGGUGUGAUGUUGUUCAAAGGCUGCUGUCCAUAGACAGUGAGGAGAGCAUCUGUGGCCCUCUGCUCUGUUGUCUGAGCUCUUGGGACAGUUUAAGUACACGGAGCGACUUGAAAGAAUGUCCCAACCUCUGUUUUCAGAACUUGAAAUGUAUGUUUGUUUGGUUUGGUUUUGUCUAACCAUGUUCCCUUGAAUUUUAUGACUUUGAAUUAAAUUACUGAUAUAAGGCAUAUAGUUUUGAGAAAUGCAACCUGUCCGCUUUUUAGAGGUGGAAUAGAUAAUCUUCUUUAUUAUUAGGUGUGGUGAAGCAUUCCCAGACAGUCAAACCGCCCUCCAUUGUCAAUAAGUAGCAGAGGCGCAGUGUGUCUUAUUUUUAGGGGAACUUACAAGCCCAGGAUGAAGGUUUAUUGUUUUUGUUUCAUUCUAUUAUAUUUUCUCCAGCCCCCCUUUUUAUUCCCUCCCCAUGCUAAUGUCUGAAAUACAAUUUUAGUUUCUCUUCCUCUCCAAAAAUGAGGCAGUGUGGCCCUCGUUAACUCACUCUCCGACUGUCCUUAGAUGUGCAGGUCAUUGCUGAGACAGCCCUGCUGUGGGGUUAGUUUUCAUUGCCAUCAUGACACAGUCUGGACUCUCCUGGGAAGAGUCUCCAGAGUGUCAGUUGCCUGUGAGUUCGUCUUAACUGUGUCCAUUGAUGUGGGAAGACCUGCCUACUGUGGACAGUACCAUUCCCUGGGUUUUGGAUCCUGAACCGAGUAAAAGUGAACAAAGUGAGCUGAGCCCUGGCAUACCUGUGUUCUUUCUUCUCUGCUCUUGACUGUGAAUGUGACCAGCUACUUCAUGUUCCUGACUUCCCUGCUGUAACCCGGUGGACUGUAAUCUGGAUUUGUGAGCUAAAAUAAACCCAUUCUCCCCUAA